UGAAUUGAAGUUAAAUUCAGCUUGUCAUUAUAGUUCAUCUGACUAACCUGGAGUUUAUGUUUACCAAACAGAACGUUAUUAAUUCUAUAAGUGAAGAUGAUAAAACUUACAGAGGAAAUUGAUUUGACGGGAUACACGCUCAUCAUUCCUUCAGUAGCCGUAGGAAAUGUUGGCCAAUUGGCUGUUGAUCUUUUUAUCUCGAGCCUUAGUGCAAAGAGAAUAGGUUAUGUUUGGGAUUCUGCAUUCAUACCUAUAGUUGGCCCUGAUCCGUACGACGAAAAUUCGUCAGACCUUUGCACGGCCGUUGAUUUAUUUUGUAGCACAAAUAAAAGAGUUCUACUGAUUCAAAUAAGAUCACCGCUUUCCAAGAAACCCUUUCUAUUUUUUAAAAAGUUGCAGAAUUUCAUCACAGAAAAACACAUCGCCAAGGUCAUCGUAUUAACCAGCAGCUACUCCCAUGAAAAACGAGAUCAACAGAUCAGAACUAUUCCAUUACGUUACAUUGCAUCUCCAGAAAUAAAAUCAGAAUUUGGUGCGAUGUUCGACAGCCUGAACUGGACAUAUCUAGAAAGUAAAAUUGACGAAUACCGCAGGAGCGAAGUCCUUGAAAUCCCAGGUGGAGGUUUUGCCAAAAACCUGUAUGAUAUCUUUGUCGAGAACCAUAUUCCUUGUGCAGUUUUACUCAGAUUUUGUUCAGAAGGAGACAACAUCCCGGACGCAAUGGAGCUAGCCAACUACUUAAACCAGUGGCUGGAUCUUUUCUCAAAGGAUGCCUCUGGCAACUUAUUAAUCAGAAAACCUUCCUCUUGGAGAUUCUUAUUUGGCAAUGAUCCUCCACUCGAAAUGUUCUGAACAUCAUGUUAAUCGGGUUUAUUAAG